AUGCUCAGCGUCAGGUCAGACGAGAGCCUGCAGCUUCUGGCGGUGGAUGUUGCCCUGCUGAUAGGAGUAGUCAUCCUGUGGCACGAUGGUUGGGUAUUCCGAGGAUGCAGUGCUGGGGAAUAUCUGCCUGCUCUUCCUCUCACUUAUUUGCCCAAGCAUUCACUUAAUUCUUUUUUUUUUUUUUUUAACCAAAGCUCUUCCUCUGUUUAUUUUUUAUUUUUUCUCCCUUGCGCAGUGAACACCUACCUCUUCAUGAUGCAAGCCCAAGGCAUCAUGAUUCGUGAAAACAUGCGAACAAUAGGAGCUCAGGUGUACGAGCAGGUGGUCCGCAGUGCCUAUGCCAAGAGGAACAGCAGCGUGAAUGACUCAGAUUAUCCUCUUGAUCUGAACCACAACGACACCUUUCUGCAAGCCACAACGUUUCUUCCUGAAGACUUCACCUACUUCCCCAACCACACAUGUCCCGAGAGGCUCCCUUCUAUGAAGGGCCCCAUCGAUGUAAAUAUGAGCGAGAUCACGAUGGAAGAUAUCCACCAGUUCUUCUCCAAAGACCCUUCCAUCAAGCUGGGAGGCCACUGGAAGCCGAGCGACUGCUUGCCUCGCUGGAAGGUGGCGAUCCUGAUCCCGUUCCGCAAUCGAUAUGAGCAUCUUCCCGUUCUCUUCAGACACCUUAUUCCCAUGCUGCAGCGGCAACGUUUACAGUUCGCCUUCUACGUUGUGGAACAAGCUGGAAACCAACCCUUUAACCGUGCCAUGCUCUUCAACGUUGGCUUUCGGGAAGCAAUGAAGGACUUGGACUGGGACUGUCUCAUCUUUCACGAUGUGGACCACAUACCAGAGAACGACCGUAACUAUUACGGGUGCGGACAGAUGCCGAGGCACUUUGCAGCCAAGCUGGAUAAGUACAUGUAUCUGCUCCCUUACAACGAGUUCUUUGGUGGGGUGAGCGGCCUGACUGUUGAGCAGUUUCGGAAGAUCAACGGUUUCCCUAACGCCUUCUGGGGCUGGGGUGGCGAAGAUGACGACCUCUGGAACAGAGUGCAGUACGCGGGCUACUCCGUGACUCGACCAGAAGGAGACACAGGGAAAUACAAAUCAAUUCCCCACCAUCAUCGGGGAGAAGUGCAGUUCCUAGGAAGGUAUGCCUUGCUGAGGAAGUCAAAAGAAAGGCAAGCCCUGGACGGCCUCAAUAACUUGAACUACUUUCCAAACGUCACGUAUGACGCCUUGUAUAAGAACAUCACUGUUAACCUGACACCGGAGCUGGCUCUGGUGACCGAAUAUUAAGAGGAGAAAAUAACUUUGCUCUGCCCUUCACCAAGAAAGCACCACGCUAGACUUUUUUUCCAAGGAUUAUCGAGGACAAGCAACACUUUGUCUAAUGAAGGAUCACAGUAUUUUGGAGAAUAAGGCUGAAAGUGCACGCACAAAUUGCCCUAGCUGUACCAAUCCAGCCCGAUACUCGUGCAGCGAGCU